AUGUUAAAUAAUCAUACUGAUGAUGUUCGAGCCGAUGCGAAACAAUAUCGAAAAAUUGUCUUUUUAUUUCUUCAUCGAGUUUUCGGCUAUCGCGGUGUUAUUCUAUUUCCAUGGCUGGCAAGAGUUUUCGAUCGGUACGAUGGCCGGUCCAACAGCCUGCCACCGUUGCCGAAAACAAGCAAGUCAUCUCAAUCAAAUAUUCAUGAAAUUCGAGCCAGAUCAGUUACGUAUUACCAAGUCUUAAUUGAUACUCGAGAUAUACCACACAUUCGAGCUCAAACAGAGGCAGUCACUUUUUUAGGUAACCAAGAACGUGAUCGUAAUUUGUAUGCGAUUCCAGGUCUGGAUUAUGUUGCACAUGAAGAUGUCAUCCCAUAUACGAGUACGGAACGAACGCCCAUUGAACAUGAAUUAUUUGAUAAAUUUCUAAUACAUGAUUCCGAAUCGAAUCCGACUUUUGUCCCGCGUGAAUAUUUGAAAUCCUGGCAAGAUCGGCAUCAUCUUUGGCUUGAACUGUCCGAUGUGUCGAAGGAUGUUACUCAUCAAAUUCGAGUUACAGUUAUUCCAUUUUAUAUGGGAUCCCGUUCAUCGCAAGGUGUUACGAUUCAUUGGUGGCGUUAUUCUAUUCGGAUUGAAAAUUUGAAUCCUGAAGAACCAGUCACGUUACGUGAACGUCAUUGGCGCAUAUUUAGUCUAUCGGGUACACUGGAAACUGUUCGAGGAAAAGGUGUUGUUGGACAUGAACCACGAUUAUCGAAAGAAUAUCCAGCAUUUCAGUAUUCGUCUCAUAUCUCGCUAUCAGCACCGAGUGGUCAUAUGUGGGGAACAUUUAAAAUGGAAAAAGACGAUGGAACGUUCAUUGAAGUUCGAAUACCACCCUUCAAUCUUGAAUAAGUCAGUGCUAUUCUUUCAGAUUUGAUGUUACUUCGAUUGAUCAACCAGAAUAAGCUUGUCUAUCGUCAAUUUCAUACGAGUUCACCACGACAUGUGAAUCCGCUCAUAUGGGUUUUUCUGAAACCAGUGCUCAAAGGUGUUGCCUGGAUAACUGGAAGAUCAACUAGAAAAUGGUAUCGAAAUCUGCCAACAGACAAGCAGAAUAUCCUGUUUCAACAUCUUGAGCGACGGAAAUACGUGUAUCUAGGCGUAUUUGGGACAAUCGGAACUGCAUUUGCUGUACACUACUACACUCAUCUUCAAGAAGCACCAAUUACGGGACGCAGACGUUAUAUGCUAAUGGAUAUAGAACAGUUGAAGAUGUUAUCUAUUUUGGAAACAGAAAAGAUGGCUCAAACGUUUUCCAAUCAAAUGUAUGAAGCUAACAGCAAACCAACUCAACUUGUUGUCAGAGUGGUCAAACGACUACUCUCUGCUAAUAUGGAUAUACCUGAAUUGACGAAAAUCAAAUGGACUGUUCGUGUCAUAGAUGAUGACACGAAAAACGCUUUUGUUUUGCCGUCCGGUGAUGUAUACGUAACUCGUGGUUUACUGCAAAUAAUGACUAAUGAAGAUCAACUAGCUGUCGUGCUUGCUCAUGAACUAGCACAUGCGAUUCUAGGCCAUACAGGAGAAAAGCUCUCGUAUACGCAAGCAGUUGAUUUGUUAGCGAUCUUCGGAGCAUUUUUGAUUUGGGCGAUAUUUCCAACUGAUUGGAUUUCGUUUUGGGUGAAUUUUAUUUACGAGCGUUACGUUACACUUACUUCUCGAUUGCCAUAUUCACGAUAUUUGGAAGAAGAAGCUGAUCGAGUUGGUAUAACGUUAGCUGCAAAAGCUUGUUUUGAUGUGCGCGAAUCCGUGAAUUUCUGGAAUGCUGUUGCCAAAGUAGAUGUUGAAAGCAAACUUCCUGAAUUCAUCUCCACUCACCCAGCUGAUGAUAAACGAGCUGAAAUUCUGAAAGGAUUACUUCCAGAAGCGCUCGAACUACGUCUCAAAUGUAACUGCGCACCGAUAUCAUCAAAAAAGCCACUUGGAGUAGUGAAUCUCUCCGAAGGUUCAAAUGAAAAGGUGAUGAGCACUCUGGAAAAACAAGCAGGCGGCAUUCAGCAUAUCCCUGUAGUCGAAUCGACGAAAUAA